UCAAUCUCUUUCUCUCUCUUCUGAUCAAAUUCAUAUGUUUCUCUCCAUUCUCUAAUUUCUCUCAUUUUUCUCAACUAAUUAAAAAAAAAAAAAAAAAAAAAAAAAAAACAGGAGAGAAGAACGAACAAGCACUUCUUCAGUUCCGUCGGAAAUGGCGCCCCGUCUCUUCAGCUGUUUCGGCAGAGGAGGCGGAUCCACCACCUCCUCCUCCGAUCCGAAGCACGACGACAAGGCCGCGACGGCGGAUCUAUCGGCGGAGGAGCAGCGGAGAGGCGGUCCAGUGGUGGUGGAGCUAUUCUCGUCGCAGGGAUGCGGCACCUCGCCGGAGGCGGAGCUGCUGUUCUCGCGGCUGGGGAGGGGGGACUUCAAUCUCGACGCGCCGGUGGUGCUGCUGGCGUUCCACGUGGACUAUUGGGAUUAUACGGGUUGGAAGGACCCGUUCGGGUCGAGUCAAUGGACCGUCCGCCAAAAGGCCUACGUGGAGGCACUCAAUCUGGAUACCAUGUUCACCCCCCAAAUCGUCGUCCAGGGUAGGGCCCACUGCGUGGGGAAUGACGAUGAGGCUCUCAUCUCCUGUAUCGCGUCCGCACCCAGAUUCCCUGCACCCUCGUUCCAGGCGACUUUUGAGAAGCCCUCACCGGAUUCGUUGCAAGUAACACUAACCGGAGCUUUAAGGACAAAAGUGGACCACGAAGGCUUAAACAUAAUGGUGGCUCUAUACGAGAGCGGCUUAGUGACGAGCUGCGCCGCCGGAGCAAACAAAGACCGUGUUUUGGCCAAUGAAUAUGUUGUCCGCCGCCUCGAGAAGAUGAGCUCCGUCAAAGAUAUCUCCGCCAAGAAAACCAUCUCCGGCACCGUCAACUUUUCACUGUGGGAGGGUUUCAAUUCCGCCAAAUGUGGAGUUGCCGUCUUUCUCGAAAGUUCUUCUCAUCAGAUAUUCGGUUCGCAGAGCUUACAGUUGCCCGAUAAACUUUAAGUUUAAAUUGCAUGGCGCACCGGAUGACGAUGAUUUGAUCGAUCGGAACUUAGGUUUAUUGAAAAUUAAUUCUUUAUUUUUUAUUUUUUACUAUUUUCUUGUAUUCUUUUAAUUUCAAAAUUCUUUUAUUUCUUUUUUUCCUCUGUUAUUUGGUUUAAUUUGAAGUUGUGUAGUUUUGUAUAGUGAUCUUUCUUUCAUAGGACCAUGACGUUGUAAUUUUGUGUGUUCUUACCUUUUCUACAUACAUGUUUCUUGAACUUUUUCACCA